AUGCAUAGUGUGUUUCGACUGAGGAGAAGCUUGACUUUGGGGCGUCGGAUCCACUACCGCAGUGUAGGACUAUCUCACGUAAGAGCGAUUGGCGCUGAAAUGGCAGAAUGCGACAGGGCCAAGCCUUGCCCACCACUAAACCACGCUGGCUGGCUGGAUCGCGAUGACGGCAGUGCGGAGUUUCCCCCGGCUUUAAAAAAACGGCGAUUCGACAAGGAUUGUUAA